GUAUGAUUUGUGGAUUAUUUGUUUGGGAAUGAUGUUUUUGGAAAAGUUGAACUAUUUCUAAUAUUUCGUUGUAAUAUUUCUAAUAAGUACAAAAAAAACUCGGAUAUUCGAUAAGUUAUUCAAAUUAACAGCCCUUGAGGACAUAUCGUUGUAUUGGCAUCUCCGUUCACGCGUUAUACAGAAAAGGUCUUGUUAUUCCAGUAGAACACAUUGAAAAUCAUUUACACAAUUCGAAAAACACUAUAUUGAAUCAUAACAAAUUGCAUUAUUAGUGGCUAUUGUGUACGAUGCUUCGUGUCGAUUUCGGAAAACGUAGGUUUCCAAUGACACAAUCGAAGCUCUUCUUAACCCGUUCAUACCACCCCCCGCUCCCCUAAAUCUAUAAAAAGAACUACUAGCUGUUUCUCGUUUUUUCUCUUGCUCUUUGGUGCUGUAAUGAAGAAAAUUCCAGCAACGACAUUAGCCUCUGGCCUACUCCUUCGCGCUCCGCUGCUAGGAUAGAGACCCGUUUUCUUCGGUAGCUGCAAUUGAGGGGUUAGAGUUUGCUCGCAGAGUUCAAUUGCGCACUGGUUUCGUGUACAUAGUUGGGAACUGUUAAACGAUUGAGCAAAUAGCGUGUGGUUAAUAGAGCGAUACGAUGUCUUCGUAAUAGCAUAUUUGAAAAAAUGAUAAUGCACAUAUCUGACCUAUCCAACAGGUUUGUUACGAGAUGUUGCUCUCGGUAGUGAGAAUGUCGUACAGAAUCCGGUAAUAGCUACAACUAAAAAUAAAUUAUACUGAUUGCUUUCCAUUGGUCAUAUCUCAAUAGUACACAGUUGUUAAUUUUUUUUCCUUUCAAAUUGUUAACCAAAAUUAGUUCUAACAUUUCAUACAAUGUAUUUGAAAUAUUCUUCCAUCAUUGGGAGUAAACAAAAUAAAAAGCGCAAUAUCAAUUUUCUCUUGGAAAUAUUUUCUUCUAUUUCUUCAGAAACCUCUUCGAUCACUUAUUAUUGGUUCAUUUUAGGAAUUCCCUACUAUAUUUUCUAAUUAUCCAAAGCAUAAUUAAUGCGAAUUUCUACAUGGUACCAUCAUCAGCGGCGUCGCCUGAAGAGUGCGGACCGCCACCGGGUGCAUGAUUUUAGGGGUGCAAAAUGAACCGAAUUUAUAUGAAAAAAAAAUUGAUGAAUAUGAUUUCUGACUGGGAGGUGGAGGUGCAAAUCGACUUUUCCGCCUCGGGUGCGACACACCCUUAGAAAAAUCCUCGGUCGAAAACUACUAAAUACAUUUGGUAAUGCAAAAUUAGUAGAAUGUACAAAUUUUUUGUACAUAUUGUCAACAAACCCGCAUCCCUACCAGAGAUUAGUAUAUUUUACUCGAUAACAUUAGUAAGCUUGGAUAUUGUCAUAUCUGAAAAUUGGUGAGAAAAACGCGUAUUAACCAUUUUCAUUGUUCCCAUAAGGCAAUACGGAGGUAUAAUAAGGAUAUAAUUAUGAUACGUGCAUUUUCGGCGAGAAAAUGUAGCCGAUAUUGGGCUUCCGAAUCAUGGUUCUGCUUGACAUAUGUGUUUAUUAGUACGGUCGAAAAUGACUAUAGAUUGGUAGUAUUUACCAAAAAAUUCGUUAUAUUUACUAAUUAUUUCUCUCAGUGCAGACUCUUCCCUGGGUGAAAAUGUUUCUACUUUUCUGACGGAAGGGAAGGGAUGCAAGUCAACUUUUCCGCCCCGGGUGCAAAAGCUGACCAUGACUGACCAUCAACAUCGUCAAAUUCACAAUAACUAUACCAAUCAAUUAUACUGAAGCUAAGAUUAUGCUUCGAAAUUGAACUUAUAAAUUUAACCCUUUAACGGGUGCCGGCAUCUAUAUUGCCACCAACGAUUUUAUUUUUUUCUCUUCUUUAACAAUAAAUUAUCACUUCAAACCUUAUGUAGUAACUUGUUCUGAUGUCUAGCAACAUGCCUGAUUUUUUUAAGCACGAAAAAAUCAAAAACUAUUCAUUUUUGAGCCAUUUUUGUGUUAACAACUCUCGAUUUAUAGCAGCCACAGCAAAUUUCCCGUAAAGUCAUUGAAAUACAGUCUUUUUGCUUAAGUUUUCAAUGCAUAUGAAUUGUUUAGGACCUGUUGAGUCUGAUCAUGAGUUUUAUUAGUUGUUUUUGUUGAAUCUAACAUCAAAAAUUCAAUUACAAAAAGAUAAUUUUCACCAUCAAGUGUUUUCCGCUAGACGGGCAGGUGGCAUCUAUAUUGCCACCAACAUUUUACGCUAACCGGGCAGGUGGCAACUAUAUUGCCACCAACAUCUAACACUAGCCCUUUUACGGGCAGGUGGCAGCUAUAUUGCCACCAACAUUUUACGCUAGCCGGGCAGGUGGCAUCUAUAUUGCCACCAACAUUUUACGCUAGCCGGGCAGGUGGCAUCUAUAUUGCCACCAACUUUUUCAAUGUUUCAAACUGUUUGCGUAUUGAAAAUUAUUGUUAGUGUAUUUUAGCGUGUAAACAUGUUGUUUUUUUCCAGUGUUUUUGUUUUUGUUUAUAUUUCACCGGAGUAAACAUAAAACUGAUAAUUCGUAGAAACAAUUCACAAUUUUCGAAAUACCAGCAAAACACAUUUCGAAUACAUUUCAAACUAUCAAAUGGCUGAAGCUAUGUCGAGUGACAAUGAAUCGGAUGAUGACCUCGAAAAAGAGUUGGAGGAGAUUUGUGGAUUUUCUCCUGAUGUAUCUGAGGAUGGUUUUGAAACAGAUGCGGAAUCGUUUGCCGGCAACAAUUCGGAUGUAUCCAUAAUCGAUAUUCUUGUGGCAAGUGACAAUUCUGAUGACUAUGAUAAGGACAGUGAAACUGAACGGAAUACAUCUGAAAAAGAAUUGUGCGUCUCUGGUCUCCGUAACCAACCGAACGAAUUAGAGGAGACUUUUGGACUGUCCGAUAAUCUCGAUACGUCUGAGGACGAGCUGGAAGAUGAUUCAGAAGCACUAAAAAGCCGCAAAUCGCUUCCAGUUUUCCUCGAUAAGCUUUCGCUAAGAAAAAAUGAUCAUGCUAAAGACGUCAGGAUGGAAAAAAAUGCCUCGACAAAUGAACCACAACCGGCUUCUUCCGGUCUCCAGAACCGGAAGCUAACUACUGAAGCUGCAUCCGAAAAAUGUAACAUAGACACAGACACAGCGAACGACGAUCAACCGGAUGAUGAUUGUUCUGAGAUGGACCAAUCAGACGAAGAAGAAAAUGACUGGAAAAAAACUGAUUGGCCUCAGCAACCCAACGCGAACAAUUUUGAUAAUGUUCGUUUGCAAGCCUCGGAUAAUUUUCCGCAUAACACGAAACCGUCGGUUUAUUUUGCAAAAUUUUUCGACGACAGUGUAAUAGAACUGUUGGUUACACAAACAAACAUGUACGCAGCUCAACAGAAAAGUCGAAGUUGGGAGCCGGUGUCUCAAGAUCUAAUGAAAGCUUUUCUUGGAAUUACAAUAUUGAUGGGACUAAAGCCACUGCCUGCUGUUGAGCUGUAUUGGUCCACUGACCCCUUCUUCUGGACGGAAGAGAUCGCUGCUAUUAUGCCGUGCAAACGAUUUAAGAAAAUUAUGGAGAACCUACAUCUGAAUGACAACAGCGCGAUGCCUUCGAGGAAUUCCGAUCAAUUUGACAAGUUGUUCAAGGUUCGCCCACUUCUUAACUUAUUGAACUCUGCAUGCCAGAAUGCUGCAAAAUGCACAUCAUCGCAGUCGAUUGAUGAAGCAAUGAUUCAAUUCAAAGGCCGAUCAUCAAUGAAACAGUAUAUGCCACUCAAGCCGGUGAAAAGAGGAUAUAAGGUCUGGGUCAGGGCCGACAGCGAAACAGGAUACGUAUUCCAAUUCGACAUUUAUUCCGGUAAACGUGACAAUAAAGCACCAACUGUCGGUCUGGGGGCACAAGUAGUAAAGCAGUUGACCAAGCAACUAAUCCAAAAUGGUUUUCAAGGUCAUUUCAGUUUUGACAGAUUUUUUACCUCCUACGAAAUAGUACAAUAUCUAUUUGAUCACGGAAUUCACGUAACAGCUACAGUCAACUGUAACAGAUCAGAUCUUCCAGUUUUGAUCAAACAACACAAGUCACAAUCGAAAAUGCGUAAGCAUUUCAGGAGAGGUCAAUAUAAGUGGCGUGUGAAGAAAAACGUCGCUUUUAUAAUGUGGCAAGACGUCAAAAUGGUUACACUAUUGACUACAGCAUUUCAUCCACUUACCGAAAAAGCCACAUGUGAAAGAACGCAACAUGAUGGUACCACUAAAACCCUUCCAUGUCCAAAAGCUAUUGUGGAGUACAUAAAUAGGAUGGGAGGUGUUGACCGUUUCGAUCAAAAGAGAAAAAGCUAUGAGGUCGGAAGAAAAAGCAAGAAGUGGUGGAUGCGAAUUUUCUAUUUCUGCAUAAAUUUGGCUAUCACAAAUGCACAUUUGUUGUACUCUUCUAAUAGUCGCAUCCGAAACCCUAUGUUGCAGUUGCAGUUCAGGUUGAAGCUGGCACGGGAUCUCGUAGGUGAUUACACAUGCCGAAAACGAAGUCUACAAGCCGAGCCGAAAUAUGCUACAAAGAAACCCAAAAUGUCAUCAAACUACCAGAAAGAACGAGUUCCAGACAACCUACGCCUUACGGAUGUUGGAAGUCAUCAGUUGGAGCAGCUACCAGAAUACCGCCGCUGCCGCUUGUGCAGUACGAAAACUAGGAAUAAGAGAUCUAAAAUACAAUGCACUAAGUGUAAGGUAACGCUCUGUGCAACACCGUGUUUCAGAUUGUUCCACGAAGAGCAGAGUCUUUCAUAAAGUGCAAACAGUGGCAAAAUUAUUGUCAUGCUUCAAACUGUUUUUUUUAUAAAAAUAAACAAAGGUGUAAUAACUUAAUUUUUUUUAGUUUAGGAUUUUCCACUAAUGAUGGAUCGCCAAAAAUUGAGCUGACCUGACCCUUUUCCUCCUCUUCGAAACGUUUUUUUCUAUAUUAAAUGCAUUUAAAAAAUCGUAUCAUCAUGGUCCCUCUCUCCCCAUUCAGUGUUACCUAAUCUAUAAAUUAAGCCCUUAAGUAUAGUUCGUGUUACAUGAAGUAUGUCACGUAUAUUACCAACAAUUAUCCCCUGCUCGUCACGCGUUUUGUAUGGAACUCAAUAUUUAUUGUACGUAUCAUCACAACUUACAAUUGGGUGAUUGGUUGGAGCUUCACUAGA